AUCCGCUUUGUGUCAUUCAAUGCAAGUCGACGGUCACUUGGAUCAUCUGUAAGGCUAGAAAUAAACGAGAAUCUCACCUGCCACAGUUCCCGGCCAAAGCGAAUAGAAACUGCACGCACGAUGCUGUCCCGGAUGCUGGCGUACUUCAUCAACAACCUUCACGUGGUGGAGAAGUUGGCGGAGUCUCGUCCGAUCCGCAGGGCGGCCCAGCUCACCGCCUACGCCAUCACCAAGGCUCAGAUCGCGGGCCGGGACGCCUCGGAGAAGAUGCUGCGAUCCCAGACGCUGCGGCAAGUCCGGCAGGAGGCCGGCAGGGCCCCCGGGGACCUGGGGGAGAUCAGGGGCCGACUCAAGAAGGUGGGGGAGACGUUUGUGAGCGAAGUCAAGGAUGGAUGGAAGGAAGGAUCCAAGCAGAUCAAGAAAUAAAGCGCCAGAAAUCGCCAACAUCUGAUGGGGUCAAGUUUUGGACUGAGGGAAUAAAGGAGAUACUAUCUGCUCCAACAAUAACAACGACAACAACCAGGUGGUCACCACAGAGGCUGGGUGGUGCUGAUGUGAACAGGUCUCCAGUGAUCUACUAUCCUGAUUCAUGAUGUGAUCAGAAAGAUGCUUUCACAUUUCUGGGAAUACAUGAUAAUUUAAAGCACAUAUUUAAUAUCUCAGACAGCCUGUGGCAAAUGUAAUGGAAAAUUUGUACUGUUGAACUGUUGUGGGUUAAGCGCACGUCUUCAAAGUACUUCAUUAAAAUGGACUGAUCAGGGACGUCUUCAUGUUAAUCAGUUAUAUCGUUGCCUUUUAUUUGCACCUCAUUCACCUCCUUCAAUGUGCAAUAAUAAACCUACAACACCAGGCUAGAGAGCUUUUACAGUUCUGUUGUAAAAAAAUCAUGUAUACAUUUUUGAAUGCAGUGUAUAUAUUGAAUAUGGUUUGAAAUGUUGUUGCUGUAUAAAUAAAGAGUAUUUAUAGUA